CCGAGCUUGCGGUUUGGGCGGGCAGCUGGAGCUGUUUAGGAAAAGAUGGUUGGCCUCUGGGCCCUCGGAGUUGUGCCGAAGUAAAGUCCGCAGAUGCCACCGGUUCGGAAAUUCCGGCGCUUGCCCGCACCUUCAGUGAUGGCUCACGAAGCACUGGGCUAUGAUCCUCUGGUGCAUUCGGAUGUUGAUACUGCAGAUCCUGUUGCUGAGUUGAUUGCCAGCCAGGGGAAUCUGCCUGUGCUCCAGCCUGCUCCUACUGAGGUGGCUGCAAGCCAGGGGACACCACUCCUGCUCCAGUCCCCUCCUAUGGAAGUGGCUAGAUGCCAAGGGACACCACGCCUGCUCCAGUCUGCUCCUAUGGAAGUAACUUCAAGCCAGGGGACACCACUCCUGCUCCAGUCCGCUCCCAUGGAAGUGGCUGGAAGCCAAGGGAUGCCAAACCUGCUGCCGUCCACUCCUAUGGAGGUGGCUGGAAGCCAGGGGGCGCCACACCUGCUCCAGUCCACUCCCAUGGAAGUGGCUGGAAGCCAGGGGACGCCACUCCUGCUCCAGUCUGCUCCUGUGGAAGUGGCUGCAAACCAGGGGAUGCCACUCCUGCUCCAGCCUGCUCCUGUGGAAGUGGCUGGAAGCCAGGGGAUGCCACUUCUGCUCCAGCCUGCUCUGGUUCAAGUGGUCAGCAGCCAAAGAGGCCUAACACUUCUCCAACCUGUUCCCACUCAAGUGGCCAACAGCCAGGGAAGACCACUCCUUCUCCAGUCUCCUCCUCCUCCUCCUUUUCUUCCUCUUCAUCCUCAAGCGGCCAGCAGCCAAGAGGGAUCUCUUGUGCUCCCACCUGCUCCACAAGUGCCCAUUGACCUGACAGAGGAAGUAGAACAGUCAGGAGAGAAUGUAGAGAACAAUCCAGAAAGUUUAGGGGAGCCUAGGCAGGGAUCUGGUGCUCACCAUGCUGUCCAGCCACCUUCACUAGAAUCAGUGAACAGCUUCAUCAGUGGGCUACAGAGGCUGCAUGGCAUGCUGGAAUUCCUGAGGCCCCCUCCGCCUUCAGACCACAGCGCAGGACCAUUGAGAGCAAGGAGAAGGGGGCGCACUUCACGUCGGGCGAGAGCUGGGACUUCCCAGAGGGCAGACCGUGCCAGGUCAAGAGCACCAUUGGAUGCCUACUUCCAAGUGAGCAGGUCCCAGCCUCAGCUGACAGCCAGCUCUUACGAUCCAGAGAUUAGAAAUCCAGUGUCUGAAGAUGUGCAGGGAUCAGGUAGCUCUGAUUCUGACAGUGACAACUCUGCAGAGUAUGAAGGAGUUGUUCCACCAGAGGAACCUGGAGCUGUCCCCACAGAAGAACAACAAAGUGUCUCAGCAGAGCAAGCAGUUACACAGAUGAGCCAGGAUGAGGCCGCCACCAAAGAGCAGUCUCCCCGGAAGUCCAGCACCCCUCUGCCAACUGCUUCCAUGGAUGAAGAAGAGGAAGGGGACAUUUGUACCAUAUGUUUCGAACAUUGGACCAGUGCUGGGGACCACCGGCUGUCAGCAUUACGCUGUGGUCACCUCUUUGGAUACCGAUGCAUUUCUAAGUGGCUCAGAGGACAAGCACGAAAAUGUCCACAGUGCAACAAGAAGGCCAAGCACAGUGACAUUGUUGUCCUUUAUGCCCGAACCCUAAGAGCAUUGGACACUAGUGAACAGGAGCAGGUGAAAAGCGCCUUAGCAAAGGAGCAGAUGCUGAGGAAGCAGGCCGAGUUAGAGUCCGCACAGUGCCGGCUCCAGCUUCAGGUCCUCAGUGAUGAAUGCAAUAGACUUCGCACUCAUGUCCAGGACUUGCAAAAACUUACACAAGAACGGGAUCAGGUUUCCAGGCAAUGCAGAGGCUCUGGAGCUCCUCUUCUAAACGGCCUGCCUGCCAGCCAGAGCCAGCAUAAGUACCAUUUGCACAAGGCCCUGCCCAUAUCUCAUACAGGAAACUGCCGCACCAUGGCGCACUGUGGCGCCCUGAGCUGCCUGGUGGUCUCACAGCCUUCUCCUCAGGCCACCUUCCUCCCAGGCUUUGGUGUGAAGAUGCUAAGCACCGCCAACAUGAAGAGCAGUCAGUACAUUCCAAUGCACAGCAAACAGAUCCGUGGCCUGGCCUUCAGCACUCAGUCCAAAAACUUGCUGCUCUCAGCCUCCCUUGACUGCACUGUUAAACUGACCAGCCUGGAGACAAAUACUGUGGUCCAGACCUACAAUACUGGACGACCUGUGUGGAGCUGUUGCUGGUGUCUGGAUGAGAACAACUACAUCUAUGCUGGACUGGCCAACGGGUCGAUUUUGGUCUAUGACCUUCGAAACACAAGCUGUCACGUGCAAGACCUCACCCCUCAAAAAGCCCGAUGUCCCCUGGUAUCCCUGUCAUACAUUCCCAGAGCUGCCUCGGCUGCAUUUCCAUAUGGUGGAGUGCUGGCUGGAACUCUGGAGCAUGCUUCCUUCUGGGAGCUGAAAAUGGGCUUUUCACACCAGCCACAUACACUGCCCUUGGAGCCCGGGGGCUACGUAGACUUCCAGACAGAGAGCAGCACCCAGCACUGUCUGGUGACCUACAGACCCGAUAAGAGCCACCCCACCAUGCGAAGUGUGCUGAUGGAGCUGUCCUACAAGCUGGACAACACUGGAGAGCCAGUCUACUCCUGCCAGCCUGUGCAGACAUUCUUUGGGGGACCCACUUGCAAACUGUUGACCAAAAGUGCCCUUUUCCAGAGCCCAGAGAAUGGCAGCCUCCUGGUCUGUACUGGCGAUGAAGCAUCAAAUUGUGCCAUGCUGUGGAAUGCCAGCAGUGGCAGGUUACUUCAGGACCUGCAGAACGAUCAGCCUGUCUUGGACAUCUGCCCGUUUGAUAUGAACCAUAACAGCUACCUGGCCACCUUAACAGAGAAGACUGUCCACAUCUAUAAGUGGAAGUGACUUUCAGGCGUGCCGCUGGUUGGCCUUAAGAGUUGUUUGCUAGCACCAGGCAGGACUGCGCAAGAUCCCUACUUGGUGUCUGCAGACAAGAACUUGUGGUCCCUUUGGGUCUGGAUGGUUGUGAGACAGGUGCAUCUGCUGUAUCUGUUGUGAGGACAGUGACUCUUCUGUCUGUGUGAUUGCUUUCUCGUGUUAAAAGCCUUUGUAAAUCUUUGCUGGAAAUCUUUGUUUUCUGUCUGUUUUCUGCUGAACCCAGCGGAGUCCUCUCGGCAGUCGUUUAGAGUUUUUGAGUGUAAACCCAGUAUCCUUUGGGUGGUCUAACACCCACCACCUUUGUGAGCACCUUGUGGGGCUAAUUGCUACAUCCAAAGGGACCAGCCUUCUUGGCUGGAUGCUCUGCUGACUCAGAAGCGCCUGUCUUCUGCUGAACACUGGAGGGCACUGGAGAACCUUGUGCAGGGUGUGAUCUGUUUCUGAGCUCUGAGGCUUAUAACCUGUAGUGGCUGCCUCUUGUCUGCAGAAGUAUGUGGUGCUAUUCCAGCACCAUUGGCAGCUAAUGCUGUACGCACUAAGACUCACUGCAUUGUGGGAGCUAAGGAAAGCGACCAGCAGUUUGAAUGAUGGUGAGGGUUUUGGGUUUUUUUGUUUGUUUUUUUUUUUUUUGUCUAGCUUGCCCAGGAUCUCAGGAUUGGUUUUUAUCUAAGUUAGUGCUUUAAAAAAGACUGCUUUUUUCCCCGAUGCUAGGAAGAGAUGAGUAAUAUGUCAAACCUACUUGGCCAGGGAUCUAGGUCAGAGGCAUUAGUGCUUGACUGGCAAGUGCAAGAUCACUGGCAAGUGCAAGAUCGUGAGUUCAAUCCCCGGCAUCAAAGCUACUUGAGUCUCCCAUAAUAACAGAAAUCAGGAACAAAAACUAAGAAAGCUGAGCUGGAUGUGGGCAGCCAGAACUAUAGUGAGGCACCAUCUUAGAAAAACAGAAAACGGAGGCUGAAGAUUUAGCUCAGUGGCGUAAGCACCUGCCUGGCAAGCACAAGGUCACAAAAAAAUCAUGAGUUCGAUCCCUGAUACAAAAAAAAGAUGUUAAAGAACAGAAGGCCACUGUGGAGAUGGGAACAGGCUUUGUCUCUCCCAUUUUGGAAAAGUCCCUAACUAGAAUGAACCCUCUCUCUGAGGAGCUCUAGUUGAACUGUGUAUAACUCCUAGGUAAAGAUGUUCCCUGUUUUGAAACCGAUGUGUGUUUUCAAUUUCUGCCGACUCACCUCUCUAGCGUCUUGUGAGCAUUACUGGCUAGGUGGUGGUUCUCAGGAGGACACCUGUGCACACCUGUGUGGACGACAGGGAGGCACUACCAACUCUGCUUCCAGUCCUUGACUGAGACAUGAGGCGCUGCGCUUUUGUCAGGCAGAUGGAGCGUGCAGGCUGUGUUUGCUGCUUUACUGUGCUGGAUGGCCGCCGUCUGCAGCCCCACACUUCCGGUGUGGGCAGAUCAAUCAGUAUUCUUGGAAGCAGCACUGCUAACAGUGUGAUAUUUUAAAUAAUAUCAUCAAAGUUUGAGCCUUUUAUGAAACAGUGCUGACUUGUCAACUCCUUAACUGUUUCCAAAGUCGUCUUACCAGCAAGGAAUUAAGGUAAAGUUCCCCAGAGCUCCAAGUUCAAGGUCUUUCCAUGUUUUCCCUUUUUUGAAGAUACAUAGUUCAGGCUGGCCUUGAACUUAACUGUGGAGCCCUACCUGGCUUCAACUUUGUGAUGAUCUUCCUGCCUCAGCCUCCUGAGGGCUGGGAUUACAGGCAUGCACCACCAUGCCUGGCUCCCCUAGCUUCAAGUUCUGGCUAUGCCUUUUAAUGGAACCUUCUAUGUGAGAUAACUUUUUUGUUUUGUUAUGAAGAUAUCUCAAAAAGCUACAGCCUGGGAAGAGAUCCCUUUUUCAGGAGAUACUGUGAUCAUUAUGUUGAUGAGGUGUGGCUGCCCUGGCCUGGAGCCUCAGCAGCAGAAAGGGAUUUGUAUUAAGAAGCAGAAUUCUGGCUUCUACAAAUUGGCACAGAGGGUUUAGGUGUCAGCCUUUGUUGCCUCUUCUUUGGGCCCGGUCAGUGUUAGGAUUUGGCUGCCCUGAAGUACUCAGUGAUGCCCAUUGACUCCCCUGAGAAUAGCCUGGGGACUCCCUCCCAAAAGAGCUGGGUAAGUGUCAAGCCGUCAGGCAGUACAUCUGUCCGGGGUGGGGGCUGCCAGUAACUCAGGGCCUCAUGCAUGCUAUGCAUGCCCUGUGCCCCUGAGCUCAUCCCCUCUCCGACUUAUAUAUUUGGAAGCAAAUCUACUCACAGGGACCUCAUCACUGCCUCCAGCACUGUCUUCCAGGCGAGGGUUUGCAGCUGAGUAAACUCAUUGUGUGUUCUCACACCUGCUUUGAAAACAGGUCAGUAGGAUUUCCAUUUGUGUUCUGUGUUUGUCUUUUAAUGUUAAUAUGCAAAUAAAGAAUUUGCCACAUUUA